CCUUAGAGCUUAGUGGGUUAGAUAAUAGAGGACAGGUUCGAUUCCUGACAGCGCUACUUGGUAGUCUCUAUUGUUUAGUCUAUCUCUUAGGUACCUAAUCUGUACCUGCCCGGUUGGGAGGUACCUCUAUAGGUACCUAACACAUUGUAGGUGCCUGGAUUACAGACAUACUGUACGCAAAGCCACCUGCUAAAUUUAGCCAAGCAAAUCCGAACAAAAGACAGCAAGUCGACAACGGGAAAGUCGGCAGCUUGGCUUCUUACCCGUUACGCGUUUUCGAGCAGCUGAGCGACGACGCGAAGAGAGCCGCCAUCGUCCCUCUCGAAAAGACAAACAGAUACAGACAGACACGCCCGGUGAGGAAUAUAGUUGGAGUGUUUUGGCCCUCAUCCUGCAGUGUAUUCCUAUCCGCCGCCGACGGUCCCCUCCCCCCUGAGUCGUCCGGAGGCUCUCUCUGCCUCCCUCUUGCGAGUCCAUGCUCCAGGCCGUCCCGAGUUCCCCGUAGCGCGACGGGCGCAUUUCCCGACGACAACCCUUACCAGAAAUUACGACGCCGAAAACGAUAUAACACGAUCCAAAGUCCCCGACACACUGCCUGUGCCGCCCUCUCGGUGAACGAUGCGUUUCGCUUCUGAGCCGUGGCCCGUGGCUUCAGCGCUGCUCGCCCUCCUCUCUCUCCCCUCCAUCUCGCUUGCCGCCGACGCCGACAAGACCACCACCACCUUGCCCUGUACCGCCACGUCCGUCUCCGGCGCUUUCUUCGACCUCCGACCUGACAUAGCCCUCAAGCUGAAUCCCGACGGUUCCAAACCCGCCCACAGCAACGGCGCACCCCUAGCAGAUUACCACGCCAGGGGCUACGACUAUGGGUCGAAUUUCACCCUCAACAUCUGUGGCGCCGUGGUGGAGCCGGUCGAGGAUGUGAUCGGCGUCGACGAGGGCAAAUGGCGGAACGUCAGCGCGUACUACGUCUCUAAGGGCGACGUAUACAGCCUGGGUUCGCAGUCUACUAACCUCGUCUCCCGAGGCAAGGAGCUAGUGCUGCAAUACACGGGGGGCUCGCCUUGCGACAAGGGGAGGAAGAGGAGUCCGGGCACGUCGAGCAGGAGUAUCGUCCACGACGGCGCAGCCCAUAAGGGGUCUGACUACGAGCGCAAAGAUGACGUGCCGACUCCCACGAACACCAGCGCCGCGAAGCCGUCCAAGGAGACGGAAGAGCCGAAGCGACGGAAGUCGACCACCAUCUUCUUCAGCUGCGACCGAGACCCGGGCGCCGGCGCCGCCGUCGCGUCCUUCAUCGCUACCGACCCCGAAGAAUGCGCCUACGUCUUCAAAGUCAGGUCGCAGCACGCCUGCGCUGGUGUUGAGCCGCACACGCCCGGCAGCGUGGGGCCCGGGUCCAUCUUCGCCAUCAUCUUCGCCAUCGCCGUCCUCGUCUAUCUACUCGGCGGCAUCUUCUACCAGCGGACGGUAGCCCACGCGAGGGGGUGGAAGCAGCUCCCCAACUACUCGCUUUGGGCUAACCUAUGGAGUCAUAUCUGUGAUUUCUUCGUGCUGGUCACCUCGUCUUGCGCUCGGUUUCUCCCGAGCCGGAGAGGGUAUCAGUACAUCGCGGGCUCGUCGGGUGGAAGGGGCCGAAGUACCCGAGAGGACGAGAACCGACUUAUCGACCAGUACGACGAAGAAUGGGAGGAUUAAAAAAAGGCAUUGGCUUGUCUUGUCUUCUUUUGUCCCGCCGGUUGCUUGAGUUGGUUUACCUUGUAUGAAUGCGGCCAUGUUUACUUGUAUGAAUUCUUACGCGCGCGGGGCUAUCGUGAGGGUUCUCGCGACAAAGCGCAUCUCGGCGACAUAUACGAUAUAUCGAUUUUCUGCUGUAUGCACGGUGGAACCAGGUUCAAAAUGACUCGGACACCGAGGGACCGAGAGGAUCCUAUGUAGAAUUAGGUAGAGAGCGAGGUAUAUAGAGAGAAUAAAAAAAGGAACGAGCGUGCGCAUUCGUCAUUGAAUGGGACAGGGGACGACGAGUGGGUUAAUCGAGGAUUUUCU